AAUGAGGAGGCUGCAGCCUUGGAGGCAGAGUUGCUGGGAGAGUAUGGCUUUGGACCGCAGCAGCUGAUGGAGAUCUGGGGCCAUGCCUGUGCCAUCGCUAUCACCAAGGUCUGUGCUCUCUUUUUCUUACCUUAAGGGUAGUUUUGAGUUAGGCAAUCGAAUGACAUGAUAUACAACUUCUCUUUCCCUGUGUGAAGGGCUUCCCCCUGAGUUCCCUCAAGAGGCAUCCUACAGUGUUGGUGAUCUGUGGUCCCAGUCAGAACGGCUGUAUUGGUCUGGCCUGCGCCCGCCACUUACGUAUGUUUGUGAGUAACCUGCCAGCGCACUGCAUUUGAUUUUUGGAACUAACUAAAUGGCACUUCCUUGACACCCAGUCUCUCUUCCCUUCCACCUAUCUCUGUCAGGACUAUAUGCCCACGGUGUACUACCCCAAGCGCUCUACUCUGGCCCUGCACCAGGACUUUACAGUACAGUGUGAGAAAACAGACAUCCCUUUCCUCUCAUAUCUCCCCGCAGAGGUAAGGGAACUACUAUGAAUCAACCAACGCUAACCAAGGUUCAUUUGUAUAUUGUGGCCGUCUGGCCGCCAUGAUAUUGGAAAAAGAAACGAGACACUCUAAAAUGUGGAAUGUUCACACAACGGUUUUGUGUGAAUGGUGAAUGCCAUUCUACUGGUUAGUGGUCUGACUGACAUGUGUUUGUCUUUUCCUACAGGUGCAGCUGAUAAACAAUGCGUAUAACCUGGUGGUGGAUGCCAUCAUGGGGCCGGAGACGGAGCCGUCUGAUAUCAGUGAGCCCUACAGCAGCAUCCUGCUCACCCUCAGACACAUCCGUAUCCCCAUCGCCAGCGUGGACAUCCCCUCAGGUGACCACACCAAACCUACACACACCUGGCUGACAGCAUCUACCUGCAGGGUUACCAGGGGCUAAAAACCUAUCCAAGUGUAGUGUUAUAGGGUUGGACUGAUACCAUGGACUUGUCUGAUGAUGCCGUGAUGUGUUAUUUUACUGCCAGUAUCAGAUAAACUCUAAAAUCAUAUGAUAAUGUUGGAUAAAUUAAUUGAUGACCUCAUCUGUGUGAUUUCAGGGUGGGACGAGGAGGAAGGGGCCAACGUCGACUGUAUAAACCCGACAGCGCUCAUCUCCCUCAUGGCACCAAAGAAGUGUGCCGUCGGUUUCAGUGGGACACAUUACCUGGUGGGACGCACCCUGCCCUAUGACAUCCAGAGGAAGUAUAAGCUCAAUGCGCCAGACUACCAUGGCACAGACUGUCUGGUUGAGCUGGGGUAA